AAUAAUCAGCUUCUUCUAAUGGCCGCUCCAGUAAACAUGAUACUUGGAUUUAUGCUCUUAUUAGCUUCAGUAUCAAGUACUAACAACUCGCCCAGAAAUAACAUCAUAGACGAAGACGAUGUGGCUGACCUCAAGGAUUUACUCCACUCAUCAAUGCAGAGCAUAAUCUUACUGAACGACCUGGUUACCAAGCUCACGGAAAAAGUUGCUGAUCUGACCAUAUCAUUUGCUGAUACCAAAGCCGAUAUGCGAAACCUGAAGACCACAGUUGAGGAAGAGAGGGCGAACCUGAAGACUUCCGUUGAGGAAAAGAUGACGAACCUGAUGACCACAGUUGAUAGUGAAAUGGCAAACCUGAAGACCUCAGUUGAGGAAGAUAUGGCGGACCUAAAAGCUAGCCCUAGGGAGGUGAUGAUAGUGAGUGGGGAGGAAGAAGCAGGUGAGGCUGGAUGUGCUAGAGUAUGUUCUGGAACCACUGGUCGAGGCACCACAAAUUGGAUUGAUUUUUCUUCUACCGGUGUCAAUUUGAGUGUGGACAUUAGCGACUGCGGGUUUGUCAAGGUACCAACUGUCACCAUCUCGGUUGAGGGAAACUUUUAUCUUUGGAAAAGUACCGGUCUUGCUGCAGUCCACGACACAACCACAACAUCUUUUAGUAUAUAUGUAGAUGGACCAAAGUACGAUCCUCAGGAUGGAAACGCUGAGUCCUGGGGUUGGAAUGUAGAAUGGAUAUCUGUUGGAUACAUCUGCUAAUUCAAACUGAAAAGAACAAACUAGACUUCUUCUGGUGGGACUGUUUGAUUAUUGACUUGGCGAAUAUUCUGAUAAAAAGGGUUUUUGAUCGUGUUUCUUUCUUGCAUGAUAUAAUCUAUGGGGCUAUGACCUAUCUUCUUGUAUAUCUUAUACUAUAACUAUUGCUAGAUAAAAGUAAUUACUGGCCAAGUCGUCACGUUAAAUUCUUUGUCAUCGCCUUCAUUGUUUUAGGAGUAUCAUGUUUUUAUUUUACGGUUGAUAAUUUGUUGAUAUUUUAGCUAGGAGAAAGCACAACGCACUUUUAGAGCCGAUGUUAAGCAUUUAAAGUGAAUUCUACUGGAAGUUUAUUCAUACGAAUAAGUUUAACAGGCGAUGGUUCCAGCGCUAAUCAAUUAAAUUCUGUUAGUCAUCUAGUUAAAGUGGUUUUAUUGUGUUAUCCGUUAUUGUACAAGUUUGAAGAUUUGCAAUCCGA